UUUCCCCUGACGCGCUCUCCUCCAAUAUACACUCCCCCGCGUCGUGCUUCAAACACGCAGAAUGGACGUAGACCAACGAAGAUUAGUGGGGAUCACUGCUGAGCGCGUCACGAACGUCUCCAGCACCGACUACCCUGGUCAUCAUUACGGGGAGGACCACUCUUGGAACCUGGAAGAGUUCAAACGUAACUUGAAAGUCAAGGUGCAAAGACUGUCGAACCGAUCAAUAGAAUUCGACCUUGUCGGCGUAGAUGCAUCCAUCGCGAAUGCGUUCCGCCGUAUAAUGAUCGCGGAAGUUCCUACCAUUGCUAUCGAAAAUGUAUACGUGUGGGACAAUACCUCUGUCAUCGUAGACGAAGUCCUCGCCCACCGCCUCGGCCUCGUCCCACUAAACGUCGACCCUGACCAAAUGCAACCCCGCAAAGACAUCCCCACCGACCGCGACACCAUCAUCUUCGACCUCGCCGUCGCGUGCACGCGUAAAUCACACUCAAGCGCUAACGCGACGGAGCCGGAGGACUUGUACGACAACCAUGAAGUGCUGUCCUCGCAUCUGAAGUGGCGUCCGGUCGGCGAGCAGGAAGAGGUGUUCGCGAACAAGCCCCCAGCGCCAACAAACCCGAAUAUCGUGCUUGCGAAACUGCGUCCGGGACAAGCUGUGCACAUGGAAUUGCACGCGGUGAAGGGUGUAGGGAAGGACCACGCGAAGUUUAGCCCUGUUGCCACCGCCUCCUACCGCCUCCUCCCCCACAUCAAAAUCAAGAAGCCCAUACCGCCGGAGCUCGCCGACAAGUUCCAAAAGUGCUUCAGCCCAGGUGUCAUCCGCGUCGACCCCAAUACGAAGGCCGUCAGCGUCGACCCCAAAAACGUCCGGCGAGACACCGUCAGCCGCGAAGUCCUCCGGCAUCCCGAGUUCCAGGACAGCGUCGAGCUGAGUCGGGUGAGGGAUCACUUUUUGUUCAGCGUCGAGUCGGAGAGCGCAUAUGCACCCGAGUGGUUGUUGGCGGAGUCUAUCAAGAUCUUGCGGGAGAAGGUGAAGGAGGUCAAGGCCGAGGCUCUGAAGCUGCGGGACCAGGAUGCAGAGCAGAGCGUUGCCGAUGGGGAUGUCUCCAUGGAGGCUGCUUGAGCACUCUCCUCGUUCCCAUGUACUAUCCACUAUCAUCAUCAGUGCUGUAUUCACAUGCAGUCCCCCCCUCUCGCCUUGUAGCAGCAACACAGACCUUCUUUCACUCACAGUUGACUUCGCGAACCAUCACCAUCGACGCCUCCUCGCGUCACAUACCCACACCUCCUUACGCGCAUCACACAUCCACACACCAUGACCGCCAAAU